AUGAACGUUGAUGAAGAUGUACAUCUGGCCGGGAUUUCGAAGACCGAGACACCGGCUGAGGCACAACGGAACAGCGAUCCCAGGAUGGAAGGGCCUACUGUGAAACAGAACAGUCGAAAUGUUGGAGCACUCUCGCGGCUCUUGAUUGUGUUCUCUAUCCUCUCCUCGGCUUUCCUUGUCUCUCUCGACAACACGAUCGUGGCCGACGUGCAGCCCCUAGUGGUACGGGAUUUCUC